AUGGCACAGAGUGGAGACGGAGCAGCAUGUGAGAGUGAUGUUACAUCACUUGGUACCGGACAAGAGCUGAACUUUGAUGAUGACACACUGAAAGGUAAAGAUUCUUACAACUGUUAAUACUGUAUCCCCAACAAGACUUUAACAUAGCAAAAUAAGGAGGGAUGAAAUAAAAGAAAAAAAAAUCCGUCAUUUAAAAACACUCAACAUAUCAAAGUGGUUAGAGAGUCAAAGUCGAAGGUGGCUUUUCAACUUUUUAUCUAUAUUAGGCUUUUUGUAGAAUUUGUGGCCGACGAAUGCUGAAUUUUCUCCCAGCAGGUAUGAUUUCUAUUUUCUUGCCAACCCGAAAGAUGCACACUACCGCAUAACGCCUUUAAUAAUAGUGUAAGUUCCGUCUAGCGCUACAAAUUUAAUGCUUUUCUAGCUUUUUUGGCGCUUUUAACUUUAGAAAAUGAGCAUAACUGACGACCAAAUUUGCCACUAUUCUGUGACCAUUGUCAUGGUCAACGCCAUUUAUUAGUGAACAAGUGACACCAUUUGCCUAAACUGGGAGUAAAUGACCCCUGUCAUGAUCACUUUUUUUGUUUUAAUAUGCAGCAAACAGACGAAGACGGAAAUUAACAUAUUAAAAAGUUGCACACGAUAGUCCGUAUUGUACUCUUAUCUUUUGUACUCACAAUUAUAAUUCACUAUUUUAUUUUUUUUACACCAUGGCAAGUUUCGUUCCCAAAGGAGUAUUCCGGAUUUUAAGAGACGUGGAUGAACUAAUUGGAGCAAAAAUCAAAACCCACAAAAGUUCCCUGAACCAAAAAUUAACCCCCAAAAAAUCCUUUACAGAACUACACACCGACAAAAUUAUUCAGUUAAAAUCAAGCCAACUAGGAAAAUACUUGCCACAUUUUUCCUACCCCAAAAGAAUCCCAAAAUUGAACAUUUUAAGCCCAAAAAAUCCUUCUACAAUCGCCGUCACUUGAAAUCUGGACUACCUCAACUGGAGUUUCGUUCCACCCCAAAUUUCUUAAUCAAAAGUUUGCUUAUGGCGUACUUCAUAACCGCAAAACAGAUUGUCGAAGCUGAAUCGGAGAGACCUACAAGUAAAAAGGAAAGAACCACGAAUGGAAAAAACAAACAAGUACCCUGUAUUUUUUGGAAACCGAAAUACACUCAACUCGAAAACGAAGAACCCUCAACGCCGAUGAAAGGGCCUGCAAUCAACUAAAAUGGGUCAGUUAAUUUGAAGCGUGACCAUCCCCUUUGGGUAUUUGCGUUGCCUCGACGUACUCUUACCCAUUGUUGGGUAUUUGGAAUCAAAUGUUUUGGCUCGGGGAGGGGAGAGUAUAGUAGAGGUAUACAUUUUUAGCGCCUUACAUUGAGAAAGUUUGCGGUAUUGUGGUGUUUGGCAAAUUUUCAUGCGGUACUUAUGUAAUUGUGGCCUUGAAUUCUGAUAUUGUGGUAUUUCUAAACAUGCCGAAGUUUUUGUGAUUGGCUCGGGGAUUUUUAGUAUUGUUGUGUCGAAUUUCUCGAUUUCUCUUUGCAGUGUUACGGUGUUCCGUAUACCCCUGGCCGCUCUUCAAUGUUUUUUUUUUUUUUUUUUUUGCGCAUGCGUAUACUUCUGCCAAAAGACCAGCUUUGAUAGUGUGAUGUGACCAGUUGCGGUUUUAGAAAGGUUUACCAAACAAUAUUCCCAUGAUAAUUUGUUAUGCGUUUGGACCCAUCAACAGAAAUAAUUAGCAAGGCAUUUAUAAUAACGGAUGCUGAAAUCCUAUGGUGCAACCACAGCACCUUCACAUUUUACCAUUUAUUAUUAUAAUUAUUAUAACUAUUAUAUUAUUAUUAUUAUUACUAUUUGAAAAGGUUAUUUUAGUGUUAAUCCAAUCUCAAGUUUUUGUAGUUUUGAAAGUAAAAAAAGUGUUGUUGUUGAUGUGGUCAUAGCAGCCAAACAUCUUUAAGUAGCAAACCGAAUUUAUAUACUUAACAGUGUUUUUAUCACGAGUUUUUAUCAACAAAGUAUUACCAAUGACGAAAGCCGUUGCAAAUUAUGAAGAUUAUCCCGUUACGUUCUAUAAAACUAAAAGUAAACUUUACCGAAUUUCACUAGCACCAAAAAAAAAUAUAUGUUUAUAAGGAUUAUUGCUGCAAUUAACUCCUGAUUCUGUUUCCAAAUAUGGUUCUGUCACGUCUUACUGAAGUGGUACUGUAACUCCCUGCUGCUACUAAGUCGAUUGACUAGGGUAACAAAAAAGAACUACAAAAAACGUCUCUCUAAAUCUGAAACUGAAUCAGCCACCGAGAUUGUCGGAAAGUGAGUUGGCAAUGGUUGGUUACUAGGGUGUUUAGCUACUGAAUUCUGGAAAGCAGUUUCAUGUCUUGACUGAAAGCAUAACGGAAAACUGAAUCAGAUUACGUUACUGUCCUGUUGUUUGAAAAUUACUUCACCGCUCAUUUCAUGACAGCCUGCCACAGAAUUUUGAUUGAUUUGUUCAGUCAACAAAAGUUUUAUACUAAUGUGAGUUUACCACUUGUCGCAAAAUGAAUGGUUGUUUUGGUAACAGUGCUUAUACAAGUGAAGUUAAUAUUAAUUUAAAGCUUUUUACCGAUUUUUCCAGAUCAAACCAUUAUGGCACAGAGUGGAAACGGAGCAGCAUGUGAGAGUGAUGUUACAUCACUUGGUACCGGACAAGAGCUGAACUUUGAUGAUGACACACUGAAAGGUAAAGAUUCUUACAACUGUUGAUAGUGUAUCACUAAAAGGCCUUUAACAUACUAAACUAAGCACAAGUAAAAUAAAAUAUACAGAAAAGACAAAAAACCGUCAUUUGAAAACAUUCAACAUACGGAAGUGGUUAAAGAGUCAAAGUCGUUAAACAUAAUCUCUACUGAAGGUGGUUUUUUAACCUUUCAUCUGGAUUAGGCUUUUCCUAGAAUUUGUGGUGGAGUUUACCACUUGUGACAAAAUAAAUGGAUGUUUUGGUACUAGUGCUUUAUAUACAAGUAAAGAUAAUGUCAGUUUACAGCUUUAUACCGAUUUUUCCAGAUCAAACCAUUAUGGCACAGAGUGGAAACGGAGCAGCAAGUGAGAGUGAUGUUACAUCACAUGGUACCGGACAAGAGCUGAACUUUGAUGAUGACACACUGAAAGGUAAAGAUUCUUACAACUGUUAAUAGUGUAUCACCAAUCAGCCUUUAACAUAGAAAUUUAAGGAGAAAUGAAAUAAAAGAUAUAGAAAGGAAAAAACCGUCAUUUGAUAACAUUCAACACACAUAAAGACUGGAAGUCGUUAAACAUUAUCUCCACUGAAGGUGUUUUUUACUUUUUGUCUAGAUUAAACUUUUUCUAAAAUUUGUGGUGGACGAAUUCCUUUAUCUUGUGGAUUCACCGUUACAUAUAGCCCUGCUUUAGCUCCCGCCAAGUAUGAUUCCUAUUUUCCCGCCAACCCGAAAGAUGCACACGCACCUCAUAAUGGUUUAUUAGUGUGAGCUACAAAUUUAAUACAUUUUUAGCAUUUUUAACAUCAGAAAGUGAGGAACGGAACGACCAAAUUUGCACCUAUUUCACAAGUCUGUGAGCAAUGUCAUGAUCUAGUACAAACAUUAACCUUAAAGGACUGCAAAGGACCGCAAACGAAUAUGCCGGAGAACGUAGGAUCCAUAACGACCUGAUCAGCAAAAAUGAAAAGUGAAAAGUAGACAUAUUAAAUUCUGCAAGCAGAAUACUGCAAUGCUGACCGUACUACGUGAAAAUUAACUCUGCAAGACAUCAACACGACACCGAAAGAACUCAAAACAGAGCGAGAUUGUAGCCAUAGUCAUGAUCAACGCCAUUUGUGAGUUAACAAGUGACACCAUUUGCCUAACCGGGGAAUAAUUAUCCCCGUGGUAUUUUUCGUUUUAAUCUGUAGCAAAGAGAAGAAGACGGACUCCCGGAUGAACACACAAAAAAGUUGCACACGAUAGUCCGUAUUAUACUCUUAUCUUUUGUACUCACAAUUAUAACUCGCCAUUUUAUUUUUUAUACCAUAGCAAGUUUCGUUCCCAAGGGUUAUUACGAAUUUUAACAGACGUGGAUGACCAAAUGAAUGCAAAAAUCAAAAACCCAAAAUUCCCUGGACCAAAAAUUAACCCCCAAAAAUCCUAUACAGAACUAUACACCGACAAAGUUCUUUAGUUUAAGUCAAGCCAACUAAGAAAAUACCUGUCAAAUUUUCCUACCCCAAAAGAAUUCCGGAAUCGAAAAUUUCAAACCCAACAAAUCCUUCGAUCAUCGCCGUCACUUGAAAUCGGCAGUACCUCCACUGGGGUUUCGUUCCACCCCAAGUUUCUUUAUCGAAAGUUAUGCUUAUGACGUACUUCAUAACUGUAAAACAGAUUGUCGAAAUCAAAGCUGAAUCGGAGAGACCUACAAGUAAAAGGGAAACAACCACGAAUGGAGAAAGAACCAAGUAUUUUCUAUUUUUUGGAAACCGAAAUACACUCAACUGGAAAACGAAGCACCCUCAACCCUGGUGAAAGGGCCUGCAAUCAACUGCAACUGGUCAGUUAAUUUGAAGCGUGACCAUCCCCUUUGGGUAUUUUCGCUGCCUCUGGAUACUCUUACCCACAAUGGGGUAUUUGGAAUCAAUGUUUGCCUCGGGGAGGGGAGAGUAUGGUAGUGUCUGACAUUUUUAGCACCUAACAAUGAGAAAUUUUUUGGCAUCGUGGUGUUUGGCAAAUUUUCAUGCGGUACUUCUGUAAUUGUGGUCUCGAAUUCGAUAUUGUGGUACUUCUAAACAUGUAGAAUUUUUCUGUUAUUGGCUCGGCGAUUUUUAACAUGGUUUAAGUUGUCGAAUUUGUCGAUUUUUCUUCGCUGUGUUACGGAAUUGGGCAUACCCCUAGCCGCUUCAAUUUUAAUUUUUUUAGCAUGCACAUACUUCUACUAUAAGACCGCCUUCGAUAGUGUGAUAUCGUGCCCAGUUGUUGUAGUUGAAAGGUUUUCUCUUUAGUGCCAAACAAUAUUCCCAUGGUACUUUGUUAUGUGGCUGAAGGCCCUCGUUGAACCCAUCAACUGAAACAUUUAGAAAGGCUGCAUUUAUAUUAAUGGCUGCCGAAAUCCUAUGGUGCAAGCACAGCACCCUCACAUAGUACCAUUUAUUAUUAUUAAUAUUAUGAUUAUGAUGAUGUUGAUGAUGAUUGUGAUGAUUAUUAUUAUUUGAAAAGGUUAUUUUAGUGUUAAUCCAAUCUUAAGUUUUUGUAGUUUUGAAAGUAAAAAAAGUGUUGUUGUUGAAGUGGUCGUAGCAGCCAAACAUCUUUAAGUAGCAAACCGAAUUUAUAUAAUUAACAAUGUUUUUAUCACGAAUUUUUAUCAACAAAGUAUUACCAAUAACAAAAGAUGUUGCAAAUUAUGACGAUUAUCCCAUUAAGUUCUAUAAGGCUAAAAGUGAACUUUACCGAGUUUCACUUGCACCAAAAAGAAACAAUAUGUUUAUAAGGGUCAUUCUAAUGAUAGCACAAUUUGCUGCAAUUGACACCUGAUUCUGUUUUCAAAUAUGGUUUUUUCACAUGUUACUGAAGUUGCACUGUGAGACCUUGUUUACAUGGAGAGGGGGAACCCGGUCUAGUGGGGUAGGUUUCCUUUGUUUUGUGUCCCCCAGAGCGUGAAAACAAAAGAAACCAACCCCACUAGAUCGGGGUCCCCCACUCCAUGUAAGCAGGCCCUAACUCCCUGGUGCUACUAAGUCGAUUGACUACGUAGCAAAAAAAAAACUGAAAAAAACGUCGCUCUGAAUCUGAAACUGACGGAAUCAGCCACCGAGAUUGUCGAAACGUGAGUUCACAAUAAUUGGUUACUAGGGUAGCCUGAGCGACUGGGCUACUGAAUUCUGGAAAGCAGUUACUAACAUGUCUUGAUUAAAAGCGCAAUGGAAAACUGAAUCAGCUUACGUGUACUGUCCUGUUGUUUGAAAAUUACUUCACCGCACAUUUCAUGAGUGCCUGCCACAGAAUUUUGAUGAUUUCGUCCGUCAAAAAAAGUUUUAAUGUGAGUUUAGCACUUGUGGCAAAAUGGAUGGUUCUUUUGGUAACAGUGCUUAUACAAGUGAAGUUAAAUAAAGAAUAAUACAUGGUCGCGCGGAGAUAUGGAAUUUAUCUUCGAGUGUUCACAUCGAUAUCGAACGAGUGAGAUAUCGAAUGUGAGAUACGAGAAGAUAAAUUCCAUAUCUCCAAGCGUCCAUGUAUUAUUCUGUUUAUUAUAUAAACAAGAAUCAGCCAUUCCAUAAACCAAAACCAUGCCAUAUAGUCGAGAACCCGACAAAUGUAAUUCAUUGUUUAAAAUACUCCAGUGUAAACUCGGAGCUCUACAAAGUACAGUAAAAAAUAAAUACAAAUAUUAAAAUGUCCGGUAUCUUGUUCAAAAUAUAAUAGACAAGAUAAAUGGUUAAAAUGUUCUCAAACUAUCAAAUAUCAAUAAUUUCACAUUUAAAAAUAUCGUAUUUUUACGUGUGUUCAGAUACCACAUUUCUCGGUGGUAGAAAUCCUUGUAAAACACUGCAGUUUAUAUAAUAAUAUUAAUUUAAAGCUUUUUACUGAUUUUUCCAGAUCAAACCAUUAUGGCACAGAGUGGAAACGGCGCAGCAUGGGAGAGUGAUGUUACAUCACUUGGUACCGGACAACAGCUGAACUUUGAUGAUGACACACUAAAAGGUAAAGAUUCUUACAACUGUUAAUAGUGUAUCACCAACAGGACUUUAACUUAGCAAAAUAAUGAGGAAUGAAAUAAAAGAUACAGAAAAGGAAAAAAAAACCGUCAUUUGAUAACAUUCAACAUACGGAAGUGGUUAAAAAGUCAAAGUCGUUUAACGUUGUCUUAACUGAAGGUGGUUUUAUCCUUUUAUCUAGAUAAGGCUUUUUCUAAAAUUUGUGGUUGACGACUAAUUACUUUAUCUUGUGGAUUCACCGUUAUAUACAGUGGUGCAUUAGCUCUCGGCAAGUACAAGUACUAUUUUCCCGUUAACCGAAGGAUGAACAGGUACUGCAUAACGCCUUAGUAGUGUUCUCUGGAGCUACAAAUUUAAUGCAUUUCCAGCUUUUUAGCAUUUUUAACUUCAGAAAGUGAGGAACUGAACGACCAAAUUUGCCACUAUAUCACAAAUCUGUGACCAAUGUCAUGGUCAACGCCAUUUAUGAAUUAACAAGUGACACCAUUUGCCAAACCGGGAAGAAAUGAUCUCUCUCAUAUAUGUUGUUUAGUAAUCUCUAGCAAAGAGACGAAGACGGAAAUUAACACAAAAAAAGUUGCACACGGUUUUCCCGUAUUGUACUCUUAUCUUUUGUUUUCACAAUUAUAAUUCACCAUUUUAUUUCUGUUUUCUUUAUUUAUUUUUUCUAUCACUUUUCCCACCGAAAGGAUCAGUUUAUUGUUUUAAUCGCCUCCUAUAAAGGAAAAAUUUCAAAUAAUCGCCUCCCAAAGCUCCACCCCCGCUCGUCCUUUGAGUUCUCGCUUCCUGGUCCUGUUUUUAUCCCUCGUCCCGAAUAUCACUUCCAAAGAUCUUCUAAAUGCCGCAUCCCGCCUGUUGCAGACCACCUACCCCCCCCCAGCCUUCUUUGUUUGAGGGAAGGGGGUCUGUUACAGGGUUUCCCAAGGCUUAGAGGUGAGUAUGGAACAAGUGAGAACUGCGAAAGCUGGAGACCAGCGUGGAGAGCGCAGGCGGGGAGUGAUGGGAAGGAAUAAGAGAGAAAGCUUCAUUUUUUCUCCCCUUCCCAUCACAACUUUCGCCCCCUUUCCUUAACAAUUAACUCAAAUAUCCCCCGAAAAGUGAUCGCGAGCGACUGGGAACAAUGCAGGGGAGGGGAGGGGAGGGGCUAUACACCAUGAGGUUUAAUGACAUUUCAACCUGCUUCAUUUUUAGCAAUAGCUGAGGUGUACAAAACCGAAGGCAAUGAAGCGUACUUACAGGAAGAUUACAGCAACGCCGUUUACUUUUAUACUGAGGGAAUUAAAGUAAACUGCAAGGACGAAGACCUAAAGGCGAAACUGUACAGCAACAGAGCUUAUGCAAACCUUCGUUUAGGUAAGGCUACUUGUAUUUUGAAAAUAAAGAAAUAUUGCUUAUUUUCUGAUUGGUUAACCACUGAUGUUGAAUGUUUGCCAGUGUGAUCACAUGACUUGCUUUGGAAUGGUCCGUCAGGGGUUUCCAGAUUUCACUGAUCUUAUUUGCUUUGAGUUUGCUUUGCUGCGUUUGCUGUGAGUAAUUUUUGUUUGUUUGCAUUUUUAACAUUCAUAGGAAACUACAUUUACUCCCUGGUAGAUGGACAAAACGCCAGGGACAUUCGACCAUUGGCAAUCAAACCAAUAAUAGCAGGUAAUUUUAGAAGAAUUUUUUUUAACUAUUUAGUAUCUAAGAAACAGAAUGGAUCAUAAUUAUACUAGUAAUGUUGGCAAGCAUUCAUUCUCUUGUGAAAAACACCAAAAGUUCAAACGGCUACAAAGUUCAAACGUUUAAAUAAUAUGGAAGAAAUUAAACUUUAGAUUUGGAGUCCAGGGUGUAACAAAGUCAUCAUCAAAUGUUUGUUUGCUCACGGGCUCUUUUUUAUAGUACAAAAAUGGCAAUUACGGUUAUUCGUAGGCUACUUGCGACAUAGUUCUUCAUUCUCUUGAACAUAGGCACGUAUGACGUGCAUGAACUAUCAUGGAUGCUUCAGUGUAACUGUACCACGAAUGUACCCAUUUAAGCCUAAUUUUAGAGUGGCUUAUUGUUUGAAAUUGUCCGGAAAUUGGGUGUUGUUGUACAUGAAAAUGAUAAAAGUAGCAAAAUGACAGCUUAAAACGCGAAAGUUGCGGAAAACUGAGUCUAUCCUUAUCGCUAUAGAAAACUUAUCCUGAAGGAUUAUAUGCUUCUGGUUAAUCACACUGCGACAGACAUACAAAGAUACUAAUACACUAUAAGAACUCCGACAAAUGAGAAAUUUUGAGAAAUGGCAGGUAGGAAGGGAGCAAGACAUAAAAAAUGUUUUCAACAUGCUUUAUUUUUACGAUUUUAGGGGCGAAAGCGUUUGAGAAGUUAAAACUGUUUGAGCUGGUGAUCACUUGGUGUGAUCAAGGAUUAGCAGUAUCCUUUUACUCUUUACAUUCUUCCAUUGCUGAAAAAUGGUUUAUUUUCGCAACUUGUUGUAUACACUUCCGUUACGAUUUGUCUACCAUUUUUCUUGACUAACGGUUCAGUGCUUAUUUGAGGGCGGUGCUUAGUUAUCUAAACUUCUUCAGUACGAAUUACAAAACAGUACGCGAUAUUUUUCUCUAUUUCUUUGUUUGUUCAAAAGCGACCACAAAAGCACAGAAAAAGUGGAAUUUCUAAUAAAAGUUAGUUUUUAAAAAGUUUGUGUAGCAAUAACAGUGUCAACAAUAUUAGUCUUGUUAGCGUUUCAAUAUUAACAAGAGAGGAUUAUCCCUCUUUAUAACCAUGUUGCAGGGAAAAUGCUGCGUACAGCCAAACCUAUAUAUAACUGUCAGCCUUGAGAAAUGGGUGACCGCUAUAUAUAUAUAUAUAGGUUUCCUUUAAAUUCAACUGGAUGUUGAGUUCGUUCAACGCUUGUAGGUCCCCCAUUCGAUUGCCAUGAAAAGGUUAACUGAUUCGACGAUUUUGCUAGCAUUCAUUUUUCCGUCUACUUUGGAGCACACAUCUUGAAUUUUAUCCUUUAUUUGAUCGUAAUCCAAUUUGUGGACCGUUAUAAACAGGUAAAAAAUAUAAUCGAAUUGUGCAUUUUGGGAGUCUAAAGGGUGACCGCAUCCGUUAUAGAGAGGAGACCGUUUUAAACAGAUCAACUUACAGAACAUAUAUGGCAAUAUAUUCGGAGAGUUGUCCAGUAGCCGUAGUAUACUGGGUGACCGCUAUAUACAGGGCUGCUAUAUGCAGGCUUGACCGUAUUUUUUUUGUUUUUAACUUUAGGCUGCUCAUAAGGGGUAACGCUCUUAUAGUUAUAUUCAACCUAUGGCAAGUAUACUUUACUUCAACUUAAUUUCGAAAUUACUAUUUACACCUUAACAAUUUGGAAGAUCGACGAAGAAAACACCACGUUGCUUGAACUAAGGAAAAAAGCGACGAGUAGAAGAGCCGUGGAAAACGAGGUAUUUUGUUUUAUUUUUAUUAAAUAGCAUUUUAAAUUGUUUUGAUUAAGCGGUCGAAGUGACCUUUGAUAUUACUGAUAUUACACGGUUGAUUCUAAUAGAAGAGAUUUAAUAGCCGAACACCACCAUUUGUUCCUUUUUGGCGGAGGUUAAUUUAAUUUACAGUGCCGAAUGGUUGGUUCGUCUUUCUUGUAUCGAACUAAUUCAGAUUCAACCGAUGAUGGAGCUUGAAAAAGUCACAUAUGAGAUUUCAAGGGUUUGAGAUAUUGAUUGAAGUUAAUGUCUAUUUUACAGAAUUGCCAAAUUAAAAUAAAUAUUAGUUCAUAACCACUAGAAAAAAAACACAGUGUCCGGAAAAUAAUUCCUUAAAGAAACUUUGGGCGCUUUCCAUUCAAACAAAACGUCCACUUUGAAUUUUAGGCAACUUCCAGUAGCAAAUGGUACAGUAUUUUUCAAAACUUCCAAAAAAGAGGGACAACCUCGCGAGGUAUACCCAAAUUUUCGAAAAAUUUUUAACGGAAGAUUUCUUUCCAUUCAUUUUUGCUCCCAGGAUUUCCAGGUAGAAUUUUUGGUUGAAUGGUUCCCAUUUCGGACUGAUUCAACAGCUUCCGGUAUUUCCAGAAACUUUUCCGGAAAAUCUCUAUACCAUUUGCCGCUGUUUCCAAAUUUUCGAAAGUUUUGGCUGAAUGUAAAACGCCCUUUGAUUCUCUGUACGAUAAAUUUUAAAGCCGCGAAAAUAAAUGGACUUUUGGCUUACUUCGUGAGCCGCCAAAGUCAAGGCGGAUUGGUCAAAUAUCAGCUCUUGUAGAUUUAUCCGCUUAAGAAAUAAAGUUCAUUGGUAAUACUUCUAUACUUGAGUAUAUAUACUCUAGAAACUUGCUGUCCGAGCUAUAUUAUGAGCUAAUUUAUUUCAAAGCCACAAUCUGGCUCAAGCGAGUAAUAGCGGGAGUUUGUAUUGCUGGGGAUUUGGCUGUGUUAGCAGGGGUCGUCCGAAAUAUCGAGGUAUCCGCAAGGGGAGAGUUGAUUGCCACAAAAAAUCUUGCGGGCUAUUUUCUUCCUCACAAAGGGUAUAACUUUACAUUAAAAACAUCUUCUAUACCAUAACUUGCUUCAAAAGAGGGUUUGUUUUACAUUUUUUUCUAGGCAUGCCCAGGAAGUAAAGGCAAACAUGGAACACCCGAACAAACUUCCAUAACAAAUUGGUUGUACAGUAAUUACCUUGGAGAAAAAGCCUUUAAACGCGGUGAUUUUCAAAUAGCCCGGGAUUACUUCGAGAUGACUUUGAAUGAAGCCAGAGAGAUCAGGAAUAAAAACGCAGAAAGAGUUAGCCUUGGCAACCUUGGCCUCGCCUAUCACCAUCUGAGUGAUUUCAAAAAAGCAAUCGAGUUCUAUCAGCUGGCUCUAAAAAUCGCAAAAGAUACUGGAAACAAAGAUCAAGAAGGAACUAGAUAUAACAACCUUGGCAGUGCCUAUCAGUCUCUCAGUGAGUUCAAAAAAGCAAUCGAGUUUUAUCAGCUGGCUCUAAAAAUCGCAAAAGAUACUGGAAACAAAGAUCAAGAAGGAACUAUAUAUAACAACCUUGGCCUUUCCUAUAAGUCUCAGUGAGUUCAAAAAGCAAUGAGUUUUAUCAAAAAUCGCAAAAGAUAUGGAAACAAAGAUCAAGAAGGUUUAACAAUCUUGGCUGGCUCUAAAAAUCGCAAAAGUCUCUCAGUGAAACAAAAAAUUGAGUUUUAUCAGCUGGCUCUAAAAAUCGCAAAAGAUACUGGAAACAAAGAUCAAGAAGGAACUAUAUAAAAAACCUUGGCGAGUUUAUAAGUCUCUCAGUGAGUUCAAAAGCAAUCGAGUUUUAUCAGCUGGCUCUAAAAAUCGCAAAAGAUACUGGAAACAAAGAUCAAGAAGGAACUAUAUAUAACAACCUUGGCAGUGCCUAUCAGUCUCUCAGUGAGUUCAAAAAAGCAAUCGAGUUUUAUCAGCUGGCUCUAAAAAUCGCAAAAGAUACUGGAAACAAAGAUCAAGAAGGAACUAUAUAUAACAACCUUGGCAGUGCCUAUCAGUCUCUCAGUGAGUUCAAAAAAGCAAUCGAGUUUUAUCAGCUGGCUCUAAAAAUCGCAAAAGAUACUGGAAACAAAGAUGAAGAAGGAACUAUAUAUAACAACCUUGGCCUUGCCUAUAAGUCUCUCAGUGAGUUCAAAAAAGCAGUCGAGUUUUAUCAGCUGGCUCUAAAAAUCGCAAAAGAUACUGGAAACAAAGAUGGAGAAGGAACUACAUAUAACAACCUUGGCAGUGCCUAUCAGUCUCUCAGUGAGUUCAAAAAAGCAAUCGAGUUUUAUCAGCUGGCUCUAAAAAUCGCAAAAGAUACUGGAAACAAAGAUCAAGAAGGAACUAUAUAUAACAACCUUGGCAGUGCCUAUCAGUCUCUCAGUGAUUUCAAAAAAGCAAUCGAGUUUUAUCAGCUGGUUUUUAUCAGCUGGCUCUAAAAAUCGCAAAAGAUACUGGAAACAAAGAUCAAGAAGGAACUAUAUAUAACAACCUUGGCAGUGCCUAUAAGUCUCAGUGAGUUCAAAAAGUGAGUUGGCUCUAAAAAAAAUCGAGUUUUAUCAGCUAUAUAUAAAAUCGCAAAAGAUACUCAGGAAACAAAGAUCAAGAAGGAACUAUAUAUAACAACCUUGGCAGUGCCUAUAAGUCUCUCAGUGAGUUCAAAAAAAGCAAUCGAGUUUUAUCAGCUGGCUCUAAAAAUCGCAAAAGAUACUGGAAACAAAGAUGGAGAAGGAACUAUAUAUAACAACCUUGGCGGUGCCUAUCACUAGUCUCUCAGUGAGUUCAAAAAAAAGCAAUCGAGUUUUAUCAGCUGGCUCUAAAAAUCGCAAAAAGAUACUGGAAACAAAGAUGGAGAAGGAACUAUAUAUAACAACCUUGGCAGUGCCUAUGAGUCUCUCAGUGAGUUCAAAAAAGCAAUCGAGUUUUAUCAGCUGGCUCUAAAAAUCGCAAAAGAUACUGGAAACAAAGAUCAAGAAGGAACUAUAUAUAACAACCUUGGCAGUGCCUAUGAGUCUCUCAGUGAGUUCAAAAAAGCAAUCGAGUUUUAUCAGCUGGCUCUAAAAAUCGCAAAAGAUACUGGAAACAAAGAUCAAGAAGGAACUAUAUAUAACAACCUUGGCACUGCCUAUAAGUCUCUCAGUGAGUUCAAAAAAGCAAUCGAGUUUUAUCAGCUGGCUCUAAAAAUCGCAAAAGAUACUGGAAACAAAGAUCAAGAAGGAACUAUAUAUAACAACCUUGGCAGUGCCUAUAAUUGUCUUAGUGAUUUCCAAAAAGCAAUGGAGUUUAAUCAGCUGGCUCUAAGUAUCGCAAAAGAUACUGGAAACAAAGAUCAAGAAGGAACUAUAUAUCACAAUUUUGGCAGUGCCUAUCAGUGUCUCAGUGAGUUCAAAAAAGCAAUCGAGUUUUAUCAGCUGGCUCUAAAAAUCGCAAAAGAUACUGGAAACAAAGAUAGAGAAGGAAGUACUUAUAACAGCCUUGGCGGCGCCUAUAAUUCUCUUAGGGAUUUCCAAAAAGCAAUGGAGUUUAAUCAGCUGGCGCUAAGAAUCGCAAAAGAUACUGAAAACAAAUAUCAAGAAGCAGCUGUAUAUAACAACCUUGGCGUCGUCAAUCAGUCUCUCGGCGAUUUUAAUAAAGCGAUCGAGCUUUAUGAGCUGAGUCUAAGAAUCACAAAAGAUACUGGGAUGAAGAAUGGAGGAGGACCUACAUAUAUAAACCUCGGCAAUGUCUAUAAGCGUCUCGGUAAUUCCGAAAGAGCGAUGGAAUUUUAUCAGCUAGCCACAAGUAUAGCAAAGGAGACUGGAAACAAAGAUGUUGAACAACGCGGAUAUGAUGGACUUGCUCAAGUUCUUUGGUGUCUUGACGAGUACUCCAAAGCCGAGGAGUGUUUUAAAUCCUGUAUUGAACUGGUAGAGGAAAUGAGAGUCCUUCUUGAAGGAAACGACGAGUGGAAAAUCAGCUUUCGGAAUGAACGUGAUUGCGUUAGUCGUUUAGUGAGACUACAGUUACAACAACGCACUGAACGUAAGACACUCGAGGCGCUUUUAACAGCUGAGAGGGGACGAGCAGAAGCUCUUAUGGACCUCUUGGAAUCGCAAUAUGGUGUCAGGAAAUCGAUUCGUUCACAGCCGAAACAGCAGAUGGAACUUAUCAUUUCAAACCAUAUUUCGUCACCCACGUUAUUUCUAAUGAAUGAUACCCAGUCAGUGAAUAUCUAG